AUGUCUCUGAAGCAAAGGCUCCAUGACAUCAUUUCCGCGGGAGGUGACGUUGCGGUUCCAGUUCUCAAUGCGGUCAAUUCUGCGUCAGGUGUGCUCCCUCCCUUACAAGCUGCCACCGGGGCAGCACUCUUUAUCCUCGAUGAGGUCAAAAAGUUCAAAGAGAGUAAGGAGGAAUGGGAGCGUUUCGGAAGAUAUGUUGUAGACGCAACGGCCCGUGUGGUCGCGGCCCUUGACUCAUAUGAUGCAUCCAGCGAAGGAGCGUGGGUGGGGAACAUCAGAAAGCUAAAUCAGGCGCUGCAGCGCAUUCAAACCGAAAUCGGCAGGCUGAGUGAAAAGAUGGGAAAGCGGUCAGGCAUCCGCAAUUUCUUCUCUCAUAUGAAGAAGCCUGGCAGAAUUAACGAUUUGAAGCGACAUCUUGACGAAGCCUUAGCAUUAUUUCAGCUGGGGACGAACUUGGAACUAGGAAAUAAUCAAGAUCGAUUAAAUCGUGAAAUCGAGAAUUCCUCAGUUCUGGACAAACUCCGAUACCCUGCUGUCGCCCAUCACGAUUUGACUCAGGCAUGCUUGGAAGGCACGAGGACUGGUUUGAUCGAGGACAUUAUGACCUGGUGUCGUAACGAGGGAAAUAGCGAGAACCGUGUCCUACUGGUGACAGCCGUGGCCGGCGCCGGCAAGACAUCUCUUGCUCACUCGAUCGCUGAGGAGUGCAGCAAAGGAGGGAUGUUGCUGCUCAGUUUCUUCUUCAAAGCCGGGGAGCAAUCGCGCCCGGAUCAUUUGUUCAGCGGAAUGGCCCGAUCGCUCGCAACGCACGACCCAACGUAUCGUUCCUAUCUCAUAUCCACCAUCCAGAAAGACCCGACUCUCGCAACUGCCUCCUUCCCGAUGCAAUUCGAGAAAUUAGUGGCGGAGCCUUUCCGUCCGAAGGCGCCGCCUUCCGAUAGCCCUGGGAUGGUCAUUAUUGAUGCCUUGGAUGAAUGCGAUGAACAAGCAUUCAAGUACCUUGCCAAAAUACUUUGGGAACAGGUUCCCAAGUUACCCUCAAACAUCAAAUUCUUUGUCACCUCAAGGCAAUUUGGCCUUCUUGGUCCCUGUCUCUCGAACUAUUCCGUCAUUGAUCGGCUCAGCAUUGAUCUCUCGGACGAUGCCAAUGUUCGGGACUGCGAUAUCUACGUCCGUAUGCAGCUACGUGAGCUGAUGAAUAUGCAUCCCCAUUUGAAAGGCGAACUCAAUGACGAGGAUAAAUUGGUCCAAGACAUUUUGGGACGUGCAGGCGGGUUGUUCAUUUGGAUCAGUACUGUGUUCCGCUAUAUGCAGAACACACGUCGUCCUCUUAUGAGGAUGCUGGAGGAGCUUCUCGAUACUGGUGCGAAUCGAUCGAAGGCUCCCGCUGAGGGUGAGAUGGAUAGGCUGUAUACAAGAGUUUUAGAGCAGUGCGACUGGGGGAACGACGAUUUUAUGCACGACUAUCCAAUUGUGAUGGGCUCGAUCCUAAUCGUGCAACAGCCAUUAUCCGUAGCGGCUUGGGAUGCGAUCCUGUCACCACACCUGAAGUCUCCUGUCCACUAUACGUUAGAAGAACUCUCUCCGCUCGUCUCGGGAGUUGGGGAUUCUCACAUACCGAUUCGUGUGUUACAUCAAUCCUUCCGUGAUUUUCCCACAGAGCGAGUCGGUUCACAAUCACCAACACAUCAUCGGUUUGCAGUGGAUGUGAGGAGGGAGAAUGCCAAAGUGACUCUACGCUGUAUCGAUAUCAUGAACAAGGAUCUUUCCUCUGUGAAAGGUUUGGGGUUGAUUGAAGAGGGUUUGUCGGAAAAGGCUGAGCUGCCAUCUAUUGCGGAAGGGACGCUGUCGGAACAGCUGUAUUACGCAUGUCGGUAUAUCGCGCAUCACCUCAAUCAAGUUCGGGAGCCACUGGAAGUACUCAAUGGGUCAUUUCACGCAUUCCUCGAUCAACAAAUGGUGCACUGGGUGGAAGUCUGUGUGAGGACAGGCGGGUAUAUUAGUAUAUCAUCAUUCCCUGAGUGGGCCAAGUUGAGUGUAGAUCAAACUUCAAAAGAAGUCAUUCAAAUGCUGGUCAAAGUAUUUGGGAAUGUGCACAGUAAUCUUGCAUUCUUUUCGAGAUUGCAGGAGGCAUAUGAGUUGGCAAAUGACUCUGUUGGGCUCUGUCGUUGCCUUGUGUCCGCGGACCCUGAUUCCUACACUGCUGAUUUGGCUCGGUCACUUGGAGAUCUUGGUGUAUCACUUGCCAACCUUGGACGGUAUUCCGAGUCACUCUCUGCGAAUGAAGAAAGUGUCGAACUCUUCCGCAAGGCAGUUGCCGUCCAUCCGACUUCAUACACCCCUAAUUUGGCUCGAGCGCUCGUGAGUCUUAGAAGAUCGCUCUCCAAUCUCGAACGACAUUCCGAGGCACUGUCAGUGAUCGAAGAGAGCAUCACACUCUGGCGCAAGCUAGUUGCCAUCCAUCCGACCUCAUACACCCCUGAUUUGGCUCGGGCGCUCCGGCAUCUUGAACCAUCAUUCACUUACCUUGGACGGCAUUCUGAGGCGCUCUCAGCGAUCGAAGAAAGCAUCAAACUCUGGCGUGAACUAGUUGCGGUCCAUCCGACCUCAUACACCCCUGAUUUAGCUCAAGCGCUCCUGCGUCUUCAAGUAUCACUCAACUAUCUCGGACGGCAUUCCGAGGCACUCCCAGUGAUCGAAGAGAGUGUCAGACUCUGGCGUGAGCUAGUUGCCGUCCAUCCGACCUCAUACACCCCUUAUUUGGCUCGAGUGCUUCACGGUCUUAACUGGUCAUUGCUCGAGCUUGGACGGUUUUCUGAGGCACUCCUGUCGAUCGAAGAAAGCAUCAAAUUGUGGCGCGAGCUCAUUGCUGUCCAUCCGGCCUCGUAUACCUCCUAUUUGGCUCGAGCCCUCCAGAAUCUUGAAACAUCACUCAUCAACCUUGGAAGGUAUUCCGAGGCGUUCUCAGCGAGCGAAGAAAGCACCAAACUCUGGCGAAAACUAGUUGCUGUCCAUCCGACCUCAUACACCCCUGAUUUAGCUCAAGCGCUCCUGAGUCUUGGAGUAUCAAUGAGCUAUCUCGGGCGGCAUUCUGAGGCGCUCCCGGUGAUUGAAGAAGGUAUCAGACUCUGGCGUGAGCUAGUUGCCGUCCAUCCAACCUCAUACACCCCUGAUUUGGCUCGAGCACUUCGCGAUUUUAACUGGGUAUUGCUCGAACUCGGACAGUACUCCGAGGCGCUUCCUGUGAUCAAAGAAAGCGUCAAACUCUGGCGUGAGCUAGUCACAGUCCAUCCAACCUCACACACCCCUAAUUUGGCUCGAGCGCUUCACGAUCUUAACUGGUCAUUUCUCGAUCUCGGACGGUAUUCUGAGGCACUCCCGGCGAUUGAAGAAAGCACCAAAUUAUGGCGCGAGCUCGUUGCUGUCCAUCCGGCCUCAUAUGCCUCUGAUUUGACUGCAGCGCUUGGCAAUCUUGAAACAUCCCUCGACCAUCUCGGACAGCAUUCUGAAGCCCUCCUUGUAAAUGAGGAAAGACACAAAUUUUGGCAUGAGUAG